AGGAUGGCCAUUACAAAACUGAAUGUUAAAAACCUUUAUAGAGAAUUAAUCAAAUAUUCAAGGACAUUGAAAUACACAGAUAAAAAAUAUUUUCUAUACAGAGUUCGAAAAGAAUUUGAAGAAAAUAAAGGUUUGGAAACUCCUGAAGAAAUAAGUUUUCAAGUACAAAGGGGAAAAAAUUUUCUGUCAAAUAAGCGCCUUCUUUAAGAUUUCUUUACGAAAACAUACUCGGAAUAUAUUAUGUUGAAACUGCUUUUUAAACACCCAAGAUCCAUAUGCUUGACCAUCUUCAGGCAGAAGAGUAUUAUUGAUUAUUCAAAAUUUCCUGUGAUAAAUGAAGCAGAGUUAGAAGAACAGUUUGUCAAGGGACAUGGACCAGGAGGUUCUAAUGUCAACAAGACAAGCAAUUGUGUUUUGCUGAAACAUGUUCCUUCAGGAAUAGUAAUCAGAUGUCAUGAAUCAAGACUUCUGCAGAGAAACAGAGAACUUGCUCGAGAAAUUCUUUUACAAAAAUUAGAUCACUUAUUCAAUGGGGACAUGAGUGUUGCAGAGCAGAAGAAAAGAAUUGCAAAAAAUAAAUUAAUAAGUAAAGCAAAUAAAAAUGCAAAAUUAAGAGAGUUGAAGAAAAAAUUUAUAGAAGAAAAUCUCAAAAAUGAAGAAUCAUAGUAAAUGUAAUUCAAAAGACUAUCAGAAAUGAGUUACAAGAAAUAAUGUGCCAGUAUUUGUCAUACACCUAUGUUACAGCUGUCUUAAGAUAUUACAUUAUUGUAUCUUCCUAUAUGCAUUUACUUUUUUGAAAUAGUUGUUAGGACAAUCUCUCCAAUAACAUGGUACAACAAUUCCUACAAAAUACUGUGUAAUACAAAACCAUAUUGUAAGAGAUCUAAAGCUAAAUAAAUUAAAAAACUUUUUUUUUUACAUGUAAGUAAAUUGAUUUAUGUUAAAAUUAUAAAAAUGUGUGUAAUACAAAGUCAGGAGAAAAAAAAAAAAACCUUUUUAUUUAAUGUAACAAUAAUAAAUGUCAUCCUCAUAAUUUCUUACCACAAUUGAACGAUGAACAAGCAUUUUUGUGGUUGAACAAUAUCACCUUCAUCCUCUGAACCUUUUUUUUCCCCCAAUUGAGUUGUUUGUGUUCUGUUUAAUAAAUAUGUUA